UGAAGUUGGUAAAAAUCAAAAUUAAAAUAAUUAUUUUAAAUACUUGAAUAUAAUCGUUCAAAAAAUUUUCGAAAUCAAUACUUUCCUGCUUUUUUAAACAUCGUUGCAAACUGAAUUGCUGAAGAAAUGUCGAAUGAUAAGAGAACUAUUUAUGUUGGUGGUCUGGCCGAUGAAGUCACAGAAAAGCUUAUUAAUGAUGCUUUCAUUCCUUUUGGCGAUAUUGCAGAUAUACAAGUUCCUGUAGACUACGAAUCACAGAAACAUCGUGGUUUUGCUUUUGUAGAAUAUGAAUCUGCUGAAGAUGCAGCGGCUGCUAUUGAUAAUAUGAACGACUCUGAGCUUUGUGGUCGAACAAUUAGAGUAAAUCUUGCAAAACCAGUUCGCGUUAAAGAAGGUAGUUUUAAAGCAGUUUGGGCUGAUGAUGAUUGGCUUCAAAAACAUGCUGGCGCUACAUUAGACAAUGAUGAUGAACAAGAGGAUGAGGAAGCACAAAAUGGAAAUAGCAAUUCAGAAGGCACAAAAAGUGUUGUUACAAUAUCAAAAUCAGAAAAACGAAAUCCACAAGUAUUUUUCGAUAUUAGAAUUGGUGGUCAUGAUGCUGGCCGAAUUGUUAUGAUUUUAAGAGCGGACAUAGUGCCUAAAACUGCCGAAAAUUUUAGAGCUCUUUGUACACAUGAAUUAGGAUUUGGCUACAAAGGGUCAACAUUGCAUCGUGUCAUACCUGAAUUUAUGUGCCAGGGUGGAGAUUUUACAAAUAAUAACGGCACUGGUGGAAAAUCAAUUUAUGGUAAAAAGUUUCAAGAUGAAAAUUUUUCCUUAAAGCAUACCGGUUUUGGUACCUUAUCGAUGGCUAAUUCUGGACCAAAUACAAACGGGUCACAAUUUUUUAUAUGUACUACUAAAACAGACUGGCUUGAUGGUAAACAUGUUGUUUUUGGUCAUGUAAUUAGCGGAAGUGAAGUUGUCAGGAAAAUAGAAAAAUGCGGAAGUAAAAGUGGAACCCCAACUCAAAAAAUUGUGAUAUAUUCGUGUGGGGAAUUAAAAUAAAAUUCGAUUUUUAUAUUAGAUACAA